GCAACCCAGCUAACUGAAAGACCAACUUGUGUAAAGAAGGACUACUCCAACUUCAUGGCUUCUCUUAACUUGCGCAACCGCUAUGCAGGAGAGGUUUCUGGAAUGAUUCAGUUCUCAAAUGCUACAGGACGAACAUCUGACCUGAAUAAACUGAUGGUCAAAGAGCUGAAUGAUGCUCUUGAAUCAGGCCACACUGAAUUCUACACCCAGGCCAUGUUUAAGUUGACUGCACUGCUAAUAAGCAGCAAAGACUGUGAUCCCCAGCUCCUUCAUCAUCUGUGUUGGGGACCCCUGCGAAUGUUCAAUGAACAUGGCAUGGAAACAGCAAUUGCUUGCUGGGAGUGGCUGCUUGCUGCCAAGAAUGGAAUAGAAGUGCCGUUCAUGCGGGAAAUGGCAGGAGCCUGGCAAAUGACAGUGGAGCAGAAGGUUGGCCUGUUUUCUGCUGAGCAGAAAGAAGCAGAUCCGUUAGCAGCCUCAGAAGAGAGCCAGCCAAGGCCUUGUCCACCAGAAGUGACUCCACAUUACAUCUGGAUAGAGUUUUUGGUGCAGAGAUUUGAAAUAGCCAAGUACUGCAGUUCUGACCAAAUAGAGAUCUUCUCCAGCCUGCUCCAGCGGUCUCUUUCAUUGAACAUUGGAGGGGCAAAAGGCAGUUUGAAUAGGCAUGUGGCAGCAAUUGGACCCCGAUUUAAGUUGCUGACUUUGGGGUUGUCUUUGCUGCAUGCUGAUGUGGUUCCAAAUGCAACUAUUCGAAAUGUUUUGAGAGAAAAGAUUUAUUCAACUGCCUUUGAUUAUUUCAG